AUGUCGCGAUCCAUUCUCCAGCCAGAGGCGGGAAUAUUCUACGGCAUAUGCUGGCUCGUCGUCAUUGUCCGCUUGAUUUCGCGAAGGCUGCAUCUGGGAUCAUGGAAGUCUUUGCAACUCGACGACUAUUUGAUUCUGGUUGCCAUGGCCACGGAUACGGUGCUCAUCAGCAUCAUGCACCAGGUCGCCAAAACCAGCAGCAACCUAAUACCGCCUGGUGACGACAUCUCGCAGUAUACUCAAGCCGAGAUCAACACUCGUAUUUAUGGCUCCAAGCUAGUCUUGGUAGUGGAACAGAUGCAGAUCCUCACAAUCUGGCUCAUCAAAGCCUGCCUCCUCAUCAUGUACAAUCGUAUGACUCUGGUCUUGCCGCAACACAAGAUUGUUGUUGCCACUUCCGUCUAUGUUGGCGUGUCGUUUGUUGUCAUGGAGGUGUUGUACCUUGGUGUGUGGUGCAGGCCGUUCAACCAGUACUGGGCAGUCCCUCCAAGCUCAAAACAAUGCUCCGCCGCAACGAACCACCUCAUCACGAAUGCCGUGUUCAAUAUUUCCAGCGAUUUGAUCAUCAUCAGCAUACCCAUGCCGCUUUUGUUCAAAGUGCGCUUGCCAAAGAAGAACAAGAUCAUCUUGGGCCUAAUCUUUUGCAUUGGAACUUUUACCAUUGUCGCUGCUGCCCUCAACAAGUACUACUCCUUCACACAUCCUUUUGGAAACGAGUGGACAAUCUGGUAUUUGCGAGAGUCGUACACUGCCAUUCUCUGUGCAAAUCUUCCACUGACCUACCCACUUAUCCAACGCGUCUUUGGCCUUCGCAACUGGAGCUCCAACACGUACGAUUCCUCGAAUGCUUAUGGUCGCUCCACCACCCAGCCACAGCCACCCUCGGUACGACGUCCCGACGCGUCUUGGUCUGAACCGACGCCACAACAGAUACCUCGAGGGUUCAGGGACAUUUUCCGGAAGACUGAGAGCCAAGAGGAUAUAAAUGGUGGCUUGGGCAAGCAAAAAGAAGAACGCGACCCGGAGUUCAUCACAAGCGCCAUUGAGAUGGAGGACGCGCAGUCACAUCGGGCGUCCAGCAUGAGCGGCCCAGGGAGCUGGCGGACCUCUCGCAGCAUGGAGGACCGAAAUAAGAGCCCCGAAACAUUUCACCAUGUAUGA